AAACACACCGAAGAACCAGCUGGUUUCACUAUCAUUUUUCCAAGCUAUACGUCAUUUUCAAGAAGCAGAGAUGAGGAGAGAGGGUCGGCAGCACGGGAUGGUCCGGACCUACCGGAUUCUCCCGGCCCCGUUGAACUUGAGACCCGAACCCCGAUUCAACCGCUACGACUCGCCGCCGACCGCCGGCCUCUUCACCCGAGCCCCCUCCAAGCCCACCAACCACUCCAAGUUCACCGGCAAAUGCGGCCGGCCCCGGUGCUCCGGCUGCCACCUCCACCCCGCCUGCAAGUCACGGGAUAAGUCCAAGGGCACCCACAAGCUCCGGUCCUCCGACGUCGUCUCGAAUAGCCGGCUGGUCUCCUGGCGGGUCGUGGACUGCCGACCCGGGUCGAACUUCGCCGGCGUGUCGGCCACCGGGAUGUUGAAUCUUCUGGGUACGGAUUAUCUGGACGAUUACGAUUACGAUGAUGAUGAUGCUGAUUGUGUUGAAGAUCCUGCGGUGGGGGUUUGUGAGGGUUUAGAAGAAGAGAGGGAGAAUGAAUCUGGGGCUGGAGCUGAUGGUGGAAUCAUUGAUGAUGAAAAAGAUCAUGGUGAUCAUGAUGAAGAUGACGGUAUGAGCUUUUGUGAGGUGGGUUUGGUGUGGGAACAGGUGGAGGGAGAUGAAGAUUGGUGUGUGGUUGAAGAAUUGUGAUUGCUUCUUCAUUGAAAAUAAAAUAAGUGUAAAAUUUUUAUUUGUGUAACUAAUUUUGUGCAUUUAUCCA